CCGGAGGAACAGCAGCGCGCGGGGACUGAAGCCCAAGUGAAUGGGGCGCCCCAACAACCCGGCGCCGGGGAUGCGGCUGCUCAGGCCACCAACAGUAAUUGGUCAGUUCCACACGCUUUUCUUUGGCUCAGUUCGAAUGUUUUUCCUUGGCGUUUUGGGCUUUGCAGUUUAUGGAAAUGAGGCCUUGCACUUCAGCUGUGAUCCAGAUAAGAGAGAGCUUAAUCUUUUCUGUUACAAUCAGUUCAGGCCAAUUACUCCUCAGGUAUUCUGGGCAUUACAGCUAGUGACUGUACUGGUACCUGGAGCAGUGUUUCAUCUUUAUGCAGCAUGUAAAACCAUCAGUCAGGAAGAUAUCCUCCAAAAGCCUAUCUACACUGUUUUUUAUAUCCUCACUGUUUUGUUAAGGGUUGUCCUUGAAGUUGUGUCUUUUUGGCUUCAGAGUCACCUCUUUGGUUUCCAGGUGAACCCAGUCUACAGGUGUGAUGCAGGAGCCCUCAAUAAAAAGUUUAAUAUUACCCGUUGCCUGGUGCCAGAACACUUUGAAAAGACAAUUUUCCUUAUUGCUAUGUACACAUUUACUGUGAUUACAGUGGUGUUGUGUGUUGCUGAGAUUUUUGAGAUCUUAUGUAGGAGGCUGGGUUUCUUAAACAAUCAGUGACCUUAUUUUCAUACUGAAUCAUUCCUCUUUAUCAUUCAUUCACACUUUUUUUGAAUAUGUACCACGGAGAUCUCAGCUUGAAACAGACUUUCCUGUACACUUGGGUAAAUUUGUACAGGAACUAUAUCCUUCUGUGAACUUUUAUAUUAAUGUUUUAAAAUGCAAUAUAAGAACCAGAUCCAAAAGAAAAUGAUUAUUUUACUUGCAACUUAAUGGAAGAUGCUAUUUAAGUUCCCAUAUGGAUUUGGAACAAGUCUGUUCGCAGAUGGUGUGGUGCUUAUGUAAAUGACCUCAUGAUUUACUUUUAGUUCAUUGAACUCUAAUGCUUAUGAAGUGAGCUUCUGUCUUCAGGUAGUGCCUGACAUGAUACAACAAAGUUCCCCAACUUUUCCCAAGAAGUUAUGCUGUUGCAGCCUGAAUCCUGAACAACCACAUCCUUGGCCUCCCAUGAGACUCCUGACUGUGCUGUGGUUUUUAUGAUGUGAAGCGAUGUCUGCUAAGAUAUUGUUGGCAAGAAACAUACUAUUUUGUGUCAUGCUAUAUGAAAAACUCUUUUUAAAGCAAAUGAUGGGCACACAAUUACUUGUACUGCUCUGACCACCCCUCCUCCAUUUUUUCUUUGUAAUAUAUCAAAAUAUAUAUGCAUGGGUCAUAUUGAUUUAUGAAAUAAAAGGUCAAGGGUCCCACACUUGCCUCCGUUAUAUAGCAUAGAAUGAUUCAUAAAUAUUUAUUAUACUUUCAGUUACAGUGAUUUUAAUUUUUUUUAUGACCCCUACUGCUCUGGGCACAGGCAUACCUUGAUUUCAAUGAGAAUUUUUUCUGAUGGAUUGAAGGACUGGGCCCUGAAGAUUCCUUUUAUUUAAUUUUUUGUCAGGCCAGUUCUGCAUUUCUAUCACAUUGCAUACAGUUGUUAAAUACAAAAAUCAGCACACCAAAGUGAUAAAGUUAUACCUUGAACUAAGUGGAUUUUGAGUUAUACCUUAGUUGUACCUUGAACUAAGUAUUCUUUAGAUCUAUUUAUAUAUCUUGUAUUCUCUUGCACACCAGUUUCCAUCUCAGAACUAAGGGAUAUCUUCAAAUGAAAAUCAGUCAUACUCCCUGGUUACAUGUGAGCUGACAGAAAGAUACAUUUGGAAACUGGACAGAAGGAAGAGGUAGUUUCCAUUUUUUUUAAUGUUUACAAUUAGAGUACUAAUAAUUUGGUAGAUU